AUGGAGACCAGGCAACCAGGCGCAGAGUCGGAGGGCAGCAGCCUCCCGAUGUCCAGGUGCGGCUGGCCCGGGCCCACGGGCAGGGUGGAUGGAGUCGAGAAGGAGAACCUGCAGCCGGAAACAAAGGGCGCCACACGUGAGGGUCCUCCUGGGGCAGAGACCCCCUUGCCCAUCCUGCAGGCCGCCCGCUGCCGCACAGGCAGAGCAGACCACGCCGGUGCCCGUGGGACCCCCGUCCGCGGAGAAGGCCCCUCCACGGCCAUGCGUCAGGCCCCUGCCUCUCAGCCGCGCAGCCCCGAUCAACUGCAGGAGGAGCUGCGGCCUGAAGCUCAGGCGCUCCUGAGGCUGCCAAAGGCCCACAGCCAGUCCCACAAAAUCCCCGAAGCACGGGAGGAGGCUGACUCAAUUCCAGCGAUUCCAUCAGGCGUCUGA